AGGCGGAGCCAAUGCUCCCGGCGCCUGACGGGCUGCACCAGGCGGGGGCGGGGCCACGUGCGAGCCUGGGCGGAGCCUCGAGGCCGGUUUGGAACUUUUGGCGCGAGCUGGCUCCGCGCGCGUUCACGGGCCGUUCCCCUUCUUGGAGGGUGCUUCGUCCCGGUGUCCAGAGGCCCCCGCUGCCCGACCCCGGCUUUGCCUGGCCUCUGCGAGGUCCCCAGCGGCCUCCGCCGACACGGAACCUGCGAUCUCGCUGCUGCGCCCCGCCCAGCCUCCCCAGGUGCUUGUGGCCCACACAGCCUUCAUGUGGACAGUACGACGUGUGUGUGGCAAAGAAGUGGCUCUCUUGUGGGCCACAGGAUCAAGUACUGCUUGAGUGGACACAUUGCUUUGUGCUCUGACCCUCUAGUGUUGGCCAUGUCCAUGCCCACUGAGGGCACCCCACCACCCCUAAAUGGUACCCCCAUCCCAGUUCCAGCUUACUUCCGACAUGCAGAGCCUGGUUUCUCCCUCAAAAGGCCUGGGGGCCUCAGCCGGAGCCUUCCACCUCGGCCCCCUGCCAAGGGCAGCAUCCCUAUCAGCCGUCUAUUCCCCCCUCGGACCCCGGGCUGGCACCAGCCCCAGCCCCGGAGGGUGUCUUUCCUGUGUGAGACCUCAGAGACCCUGCAGAGUCCUGGGUAUGACCCGAGCCGGCCAGAGUCCUUCUUUCAGCAAAACUUCCAGAGACUCAGCCGCCUGGGUCAUGGCUCCUAUGGAGAAGUCUUCAAGGUACGCUCCAAGGAAGAUGGGCGACUCUAUGCUGUUAAGCGCUCCAUGUCGCCAUUCCGAGGCCCCAAAGACCGGACUCGUAAGCUGGCUGAGGUAGGCGGCCACGAGAAGGUGGGGCAGCACCCACACUGCGUGAGACUGGAGCGGGCCUGGGAGGAGGGUGGCAUCCUAUACCUGCAGACAGAGCUCUGUGGGCCCAGCCUGCAGCAACACUGUGAAGCCUGGGGGGCCAGCCUGCCAGAGGCCCAGGUCUGGGGCUACUUGCGGGACACUCUGCUGGCUCUGGACCAUCUACAUAGUCAAGGCCUAGUUCACCUUGAUGUCAAGCCUGCCAACAUCUUCUUGGGGCCCCGGGGCCGCUGCAAGCUGGGCGACUUUGGACUACUGGUAGAGCUGGGUUCAACCGGUGCUGGCGAGGCCCAGGAGGGAGAUCCUCGCUACAUGGCCCCAGAACUGCUUCAGGGCGCCUAUGGCACAGCAGCAGAUGUGUUCAGUCUGGGUCUCACCAUCUUGGAAGUUGCCUGCAACAUGGAACUGCCCCAUGGUGGAGAGGGCUGGCAGCAACUGCGCCAGGGAUACUUGCCCCCUGAGUUCACUGCUGGUCUGUCUUCUGAGCUGCGUUCUGUCCUCACCAUGAUGUUGGAGCCUGAUCCCCAGCUUCGAGCCACAGCUGAGGCCCUGCUAGCCUUGCCCAUGCUGAGGCAGCCACGCCCCUGGAAUGUUCUGUGGUACAUGGCUGCAGAAGCCCUGAGCCGAGGUUGGGCCCUGUGGCAGGCCCUGGUCACUCUGCUCUGCUGGCUCUGGCAUGGCCUGGUUCAUCCUGCCAGUUGGCUUCAGCCUCCAGGCCCACCAGCCACACCACCUGGCUCUCCGCCUUGCAGCCCCCUCCUGGACAGCACCCUCUCCAGCAGCUGGGAUGACGACAGCAUAGGCCCCUCACUCUCCCCAGAGACCAUCCUGUCCCGGAUCACUAGGAGAACCUCUACUCCUCGGGGCAGGUACAUACCGAGGGAUGCCCUGGAACUAACUGAUAUGGACUCAGAGCCUCCAAGAGGUCCCUGCCCCACCUUUGAGCCCAGGAACCUCCUCAGCCUGUUUGAGGACUCCCUAGACCCAGCCUGAGCCACAGGCCCAGCCAGCCUUGGUGCUUUUAAACCUCUGAUCUUCUUGCCCACCUCUCCCCCUGAAACUUGUGUAUCUAAUAAAAAGUAAUGAGUCUUGGGUACACCCAAGACUGCUCAUGUGGCAACA